AUGCUGGGCAAGAAAGCUCAGCCAGGCCAGGUCAACCCCCAGUUCCUGGAAAGACCCAGUGGAGAUGGGACUUUCACAAAUAUGGAGAGGGUUAUCAAGGCCGAGGGAGGCAGCGCGGCCGGCCGCAGGGCCCCGGGAGCCGCCGGCUGCGGGACCUGGAGGUGCGAAGCCUCCUGCCGGGAUGAGAGCUGGGAGGAGAGCCGUGCGGCCGGCACCGCGGAUGCGGGAGGAGUCCCGGCCGCUGCCGGGGCCGGUUCGGAGCCCGGUUCCAGCGGCCCCGCACGCUACAAAGGCUGCGGAAUCCUUCCCGGCCCUGCCGUCUCCUCGCGCCCCUCACGGAGGCCCCGCCCCCGGCCCUCAGCCCGCCAAUGUUCCCGCGCGCCCCGCCUUUCCCGCUCUGCCCUCACGCCCUCACGCCCGCCCGCCGGCGGCGCAGGCCCGGCCCCGCGGGCGCGGCCGGGGCGGAGCGGCCCUGGACAGCUCCCGCCGCCCUCAGACGGCGGCGGCGGCGGCGAGGCGAGGACAUGGCGCGGGGCCGGCGCGGCGGGCCCGGCUGAGCCGCCGCUGCCCGCGGGGCGGGCGGCCCCGGGCCGCGGCGGCCGCCGCCCCGAUGAGCGGAUGAGGAGCGGGAGCGGCGGCCGGCGGUGCCUGGGCGGGGAACCGGGUGCGUGCGCCAUGAACCCCGAGCUGGCGAUGGAGCCGCUGGGCAGCCUGCACGGGGCGGCGGGGCACGAGCCGGAGCUGAUGGGCAGCCCCAGCCCUCACCACGGCGGGCGCAGCGCGGGGCCGCUCCGGGUGCCGCCCCCGCCGCCGCCGCCGCCGCCGCCGCACCAGGAGCUGCCCCCCGCCGCCCGGCCCGCCAUGGUGCCCAGCAUGGCCUCGCUGCUGGACGGCGCCACCGAGUACCGGCCCGAGCUCUCCAUCCCGCUGCACCACGCCAUGAGCGUACCCUGCGAGGCCUCGCCGCCCGGCAUGGGCAUGAGCGGCACCUACACCACGCUGACGCCGCUCCAGCCCCUGCCGCCCAUCUCCGCCGUCUCCGACAAGUUCCACCACCCUCACGCCCACCCGCACGCCCACCACCACCACCACCACCAGCGCCUGCCGGGCAGCGCCGGCGGCGGCUUCGCGCUCAUGCGGGAUGAGCGCGGGCUGCCGGCUGUCAACAGUCUCUACGGGCCCUACAAGGAGGUACCGGCCGUGGGGCAGAGCCUCUCGCCGCUGGGCAACGGGCUGGGCCCGCUCCCUGGCGCCCAGCAGGGCCUGCACGGCUACGGGCCGCCGGGCCACGACAAGAUGCUGAGCCCCAACUUCGAGGCGCACGCGGCGAUGCUGGCGCGGGGAGAGCAGCACCUGCCCCGGGGGCUGGGGACGCCCCCGGCCAUGCUGCCGCCCCUGAACGGCGCUCACCAUCCCGCGCCCCCCGGGCCGCCGCCGCCGCACGGCCCCGCGCUGCCCGCCGGCCGGGAGCGGCCGCCCCCCGCCGCCGGCCCGCAGGGGAGCGGAGCGGGGCAGCUGGAGGAGAUCAACACCAAGGAGGUGGCACAAAGGAUCACGGCGGAGCUGAAGCGCUACAGCAUCCCGCAGGCCAUCUUCGCCCAACGAGUGCUGUGCCGCUCCCAAGGGACCCUCUCGGACUUGCUGCGGAACCCCAAGCCUUGGAGUAAACUCAAGUCCGGCCGGGAGACGUUCCGCAGGAUGUGGAAGUGGCUGCAGGAGCCGGAGUUCCAGAGGAUGUCUGCCCUGCGGCUGGCAGCCUGCAAACGCAAAGAGCAAGAGCCCAACAAAGAGCGGAACAACUCCCAGAAGAAAUCCCGCCUGGUUUUCACGGACCUGCAGCGCCGAACGCUUUUCGCCAUCUUCAAGGAGAACAAGCGUCCCUCCAAGGAAAUGCAGAUCACCAUCUCGCAGCAGCUGGGCCUGGAGCUCACCACCGUCAGCAACUUCUUCAUGAACGCGCGCCGGCGCAGCCUGGAGAAGUGGCAGGACGACCUGAGCUCCGGGGGCUCCUCCUCAGCCCCCAGCACCUGCAGCAAGGCGUGA